GAGUUUCAAGACAUAGGAGAUUUAGAAUCGUUAGCAAAAUGUUUAAACGAGAAUCCGAUCAAUAUGUCCACUGCUUCUAACGACCUUAUUUUUGCACGAAUUCUUUUCGACCAUUUUUAUUUCCUAUUCAAAAACGAUACUUUGCUCCAACCAAUGUCUGAACAUGAGUUCAGCGUAUAUAUAUGGUCACCGCUAAUAAGAAAUGCCUUUCUCGGGAAGGAAGAUUUAAAGCUAAGUUGCGGAGAGCUUGCGUCAAAAUCGUACGAAAAACUAAAAGAAAUACUAAAUGUUGCCGGUCGUAGUGGUCAGAAGCUGGAUGGAAAAGGUUUUCUGAAAUCGUUAGGAACUGAGAUUAUCGCACAGGAAGACGGAGUUUUAAAUACUUUUGUCAAACGGAAAGGGGAUCUCCAAAAAUUGGAGUACUGUUCUAAAGUCAUACUUACGGCAUUGUACUUUGCGUUACCCUCAACCACAAAAUCCAGCAUAGCAGACAUUGAAAUAUAUACCUUACAGUCCAAUGAGUUUCGCCUUAAAAUUUCAGCAUCGAAAUACUUAUUUGAGAAUACAAUAAUUACGAUGGAUUUACAACAUAUUGAAAUUCCGAGAACA